AUGGACUAUUACAACAAUGAAUGGGGAUAUAAGAUUCAAGACAGUUCAACGGAUGAAAGUGAGCUGCUACGAAGUGAUGACCAAGCAGUAGAUGAGGAAAACUCGGAUACUGAGCAUUAUGAUGGCGAAGAUAGUGACCUUUACUAUGACGAUGAGAAACCACAUCGAAAGGAGACCAUGCAGGAAUUUGUUGGAAGACAGUAUCGAAAUGUUGUGCAUUUCUUCGUGGAGGAUUGGUUCCUGUCGGCUUUGUUGGGCAUCAUCACUGCAAUAUUAUCCAUAUCCACUGACGUAGGCAUCGAAUACAUCCUGCACUGUAAGUAUACUCGGUGAUA